AUGACAAUGACCGCCGCGACAAACGUCGUUCUAGAAGCUGGUCUCGGUCUCCCUCGCGUUCUCGGACAUCAUCCCCGAGCCGCAGUCGCAGCCCAAGCCGUGAUUCUCGAUGGUACAGAAAUAGGAGCUACAGCCGUACACCGAGUCCAAGCAGUGGACUCCCAAGAAGUUCAAAGGUCAAUUAUAGUUGAGAAAUUGACUAAGAAUGUCACCACAUCCCACCUCAGAGAGAUUUUUGGUUCAUUUGGUGAUAUCAAGAGUCUCGAGCUUCCCAUGAACCGUGCUUUCAUGACAAAUAGAGGCACGGCCUAUAUUCUUUAUCACGAUCCUGCGGAUGCAGAAGCCGCGAUAUCGCACAUGCACGAGGCGCAAUUAGACGGUGCCGUUCUGAGUGUCUCAAUUGUGCUGCCUAGGAGGGCCUUCUCACGUUCACCGCCGCCAGCAGAGAAUGGCCGGGGUGGCUCUGGCCGUCGCAGGUAUGACUACAGAGAGCCUUCAGAUCAAAGGUCUUCGCGUAUUCCUCCAAAUGUACCUAGGACUACGCCCCCCAGAAAGCAUGGCCGCUCGCGGCCCAUGGAACGACAUGAUUUAUACCGACCGCGCUCUUUGUCGCGCUCUAGGUCACGCCGUCGCUCAUUGUCGUCUUUCUCAGAUUCGCGCUCUAGGUCCCCAGCAAGGAGAAGAGCGCACAUCCGCGUGGACAGCCCUAGGCACCGUAAACGCCGCAGUCCAAGUUAUAGCAGUUAUGGUUACAGCAGUCAUAGCGACGAAGAUAGAAGCCGGAGCAGGAGCCGAGUUCAUCGCUUGGACGCCUCGAGGAAAUAG